GGCGGGCGGGGCUCGGCUCGGCUCGGGCUCCGCGGACGGGCGGACAUGGCGGCCAACAUGUACCGGGUCGGAGAUUAUGUCUACUUUGAGAAUUCCUCCAGCAACCCAUACCUAAUCAGAAGAAUAGAAGAACUUAACAAGACUGCAAGUGGCAACGUGGAAGCAAAAGUUGUGUGCUUUUAUAGAAGACGAGAUAUUUCCAACACCCUUAUUAUGCUUGCAGACAAACAUGCUAAAGAGGUUGAGGAAGAGUCUGAAACCCCCGUUGAGGCUGACUUGACCGAGACGCAGAAACACCAGCUGAAACAUCGGGAGCUCUUUCUGUCCCGCCAGUACGAAUCUCUGCCUGCAACUCAUAUCAGGGGAAAAUGCAGUGUGGCCCUACUGAAUGAAACAGAGUCAGUGUUGUCAUAUCUUGAAAAAGAGGAUGCCUUUUUCUAUUCUUUAGUCUAUGAUCCCUCCAUGAAAACAUUAUUAGCUGACAAAGGUGAAAUCAGGGUGGGCCCUAGAUACCAAGCGGACAUUCCAGAAAUGCUCUUAGAAGGAGACUCAGACGAGAGGGAACAGUCAAAGCUGGAAGUUAAGGUCUGGGACCCCAACAGCCCACUCACGGAUCGUCAGAUUGACCAGUUUUUAGUGGUUGCUCGCGCGGUUGGGACAUUUGCCCGUGCCCUGGAUUGCAGCAGCUCCGUGAGGCAGCCUAGCCUGCAUAUGAGCGCCGCGGCGGCCUCCAGAGACAUCACCUUGUUCCACGCCAUGGACACCCUGUACAGACACAGCUAUGACCUGAGCAGUGCUAUCAGCGUCUUAGUGCCUCUGGGGGGCCCUGUCCUCUGCAGAGAUGAAAUGGAGGAGUGGUCAGCUUCCGAAGCCAGCUUGUUUGAGGAAGCGCUGGAAAAGUACGGCAAAGACUUCAAUGACAUACGCCAAGACUUUCUCCCAUGGAAGUCAUUGACUAGCAUCAUUGAAUACUACUACAUGUGGAAAACUACUGACAGAUAUGUUCAGCAGAAACGCCUAAAAGCAGCAGAAGCUGAGAGUAAGCUGAAACAAGUGUAUAUCCCGACGUACAGCAAACCAAAUCCCAACCAAAUAUCCACCAGCAACGGCAAGCCGGGCACUGUGAACGGAGCUGUGGGAACCACGUUCCAGCCGCAGAACCCCCUCUUGGGGAGAGCCUGUGAGAGCUGCUAUGCAACACAGUCUCACCAGUGGUAUUCUUGGGGUCCACCUAAUAUGCAAUGUAGAUUAUGUGCAACUUGUUGGCUAUACUGGAAAAAAUACGGAGGUCUGAAAAUGCCUACCCAGUCAGAAGAAGAAAAAUUAUCUCCCAGCCCUACUACAGAGGACCCUCGCGUUAGAAGUCACCUGUCUCGGCAGGCCAUGCAAGGGAUGCCGGUCCGGAACACCGGGAGUCCAAAGUCUGCAGUGAAGACCCGCCAAGCUUUCUUCCUUCAUACGACAUAUUUCACAAAGUUUGCGCGUCAGGUCUGCAAAAAUACCCUCCGGUUGCGGCAGGCAGCAAGACAGCCGUUUGUUGCUAUUAAUUAUGCUGCCAUUAGGGCAGAAUAUGCAGACAGGCAUGCCGAGCUCUCUGGAAGCCCACUGAAAAGCAAAAGCACCAGGAAACCUUUGGCGUGCAUCAUUGGCUAUUUAGAGAUCCAUCCUGCAAAGCAACCCAGUGUAACCCGAUCAACACCAAGCCUGCAGACUCCAGCUACCAAGAGGAUGCUAAGCACUCCAAAUCACAUGUCUCUAAGCAUUCUGGGGAAGAGAAACUACAGCCAUCACAAUGGCCUGGACGAUACAUAUCCAGUUUUCCCAGCACCAUUUGCUGAAGAGGCUGUCUUUUCUCCAAGCUCACCUGCUGCAUAUCAGACUGAGCCAUCCCUGCCCCAGCCCGUAAUCCAAGACCUGCUACUGAACUGCUGGCGGCCGCAGCCACGCCUGGGAAGGAGGCAGCCCGGAGGGGCACGGAAGAAACCGUAGGAGUGCACGUUCCAGGUCUUUCUCCGCAUACGAACCGGUGGCGCCUCGCUUCUUUCUCAGAGACCUUGCUGUCACAGGACGGACCUGCCUGAGAGUUGAAGAGAGCGGGGAGCCCCACGCCCCCUGGCUCCCUGUGCCCAGCUCCCAGGGGCAGCCAGCCCGGGGCCGUGGAGGCUGCUGCGAGUGCAGAGCAGAGAGCCCCGCUGCCCUGCAUGUGCCCGCCCUGUUUCACGCUGUGUAAUUAUGUACAGGAGAGACAUGGCAUCUUUCUGAGCGGGUUCUGAUUAAGAAACGUGCCAGUGUUUCUGCGGCUCAUACGACCGCCCCCCCCACCCCCCCGCCCCUGACGUUACUGUUGCUUGGCUGCGUCUCAAUAAGCUGCUUUUCUUUCCCUUUGGGGGAAAAUUACUCUUUACUCCACGCAUCCUAUGUGGGAUUUGCUCCCACCCCCUCCACAGGGCCGGAGGAUCUAACAGAACAGAUGGCACUCAGUCUUGACCAGCCUCUGAGCCACUGUUGGCAUCUUGUUUUGUCACUGGAGAGAGAGAGAGGGAGGGAGGGAGGCUGUGGCUGUACUCAGUGCUGCUUAGUCCUGGAGAGCCCCAGUGAGCGCAGUGGACAUCACAGUGACAAGCCGGUGGCUUACUGCUCUGUUCCCUUACAGCCAAACCCGCUGAGAGGGGCUGUACCAGAUGUGUUUGAGGGGGGCCAGGGGGGCAGGAGCGGCGCACAAAUCCUCCUGUUUGAAGCAAACUGUUGGGCCUGAGAGGAGCGGAGAGUGACAACGUGUUUGUGGCUAUGAAUCUAUGUAGUUGGCUCUGUGUUUCCUCAGACCACCAGCCCAGUGUGUGUGUGUGUGUGUGUGUGUGUGUGUGUGUGUGUGUGUGUGUUUAAAUAUUUUAUUUUUAUUUAUUUAUUUGAGAGAGAUUAUAGAAAUAGGCAGGGAGAAAGAGAGAGAGAG